AAUUCGAAUCGACUCUAGCACGUUGCUGUUAUUGAAUUAUUUUGUUUUGCAAUUUGUGGUGGGAGCACAAAAUGCUGCCGGAACAGCAAAUAACAAGCGACAGCGACUUGGACGUUGCAUUGGAGGAGUUUAAGCUCAGGCAGACGCGUCGCGACAGCACUGGCCCCAAGUACAACUGCAGCAUUAGCGGCUGUGAAGCAAGCUUUAAGCGUCUGGAUCAAUUGGACCGUCAUGAGUUCCACCAUACCGGCAUUAAAAAGCAUGCUUGCACUUACGAUGGCUGCGGGAAGAUUUAUUCGAUUCUAAGUCAUCUGAAGCGUCACGUGCGUAGUACGCAUGAGCGUACUGUGGCGCCACAAAAGACGAUCAAAUGUAGUCUGCCGGAGUGCAGCAAGUUGUUCACCUCAUCCUGCAAUAUGCAGCGACAUGUGCGAGAGGCACACGAAUCGCCGCGCGAAUAUCCGUGCACUCAUUGCACCGCCAAAUUCCGGCAGAAGAUGAAGCUGCGUCGUCAUGAGAUAACACAGCACACACAGGAUUAUCCGUAUCGUUGCGAGAAGUGUGCUCGUGGAUUCUAUCAGCAGUGGCAGCAGGAGAGUCAUCAGCGCAGCUGCAAACUGUAUGCCUGCUCCGAACCUACAUGCCAACUGCAAUUUGACAAGUGGACAUUGUACACGAAACAUUGCCGGGAAACGUUGCACGGACGCAGCCAUCACAAGUGUGAUCACUGUGAUCGCAGCUAUGAGAAGCCCAGUGAUCUGGCCAAACAUAUUGCGGCCAAGCAUACCACAACAAUCGAAUCAGCAUUCCCAUGUACCGAACCUGGUUGCAAUCGCACCUAUUCCUAUGAACGCAAUCUGCGCCAGCAUGUGGUCACUGCCCACUCGGGCAAGCGUUUUGAAUGCCUCGCUUCUGGUUGUGGUCGCGGCUUCAGCAGCGCUCAGAAUCUUAGCAGACAUUUGAUACGCGAUCACACCAAGCCCAAACCCAAGGCGUCUCAGACUCCAGCACCAAAGAAGCCGUCUCCAACGGUGGAAGCUAAAAAGACACGCAAGCGUCGCCGUGAUGCGGGUCAACCAGCUCGUUCUCGCCUGUCCAAACUGGCCUGCCUGGUGCUGGAUAAGAAUCUCGACCAGGAGGUACGACUGCGGAAACCUCUGGCUCUGAAGAACGUCGCCAAGGAAAUUGAACAGGAGCAACAGCAGUCAGGAAAAUUGGAUAUUAAUGAACAGCUGGAGAAAGUCUUGCAUGAGGAGCAAGAAUAGACUGAAGUCUAGGGGAAAGCAAAACGGGGUCUAAAACAUUUAUUUAAUGUAUAAAUUUAAAAAAAUUAAAAAUACCCUUAGGUCAAAUAA